AGUUUCUUGUCAGUCUGGUGAGUUAUUGCACGGACUGCUUCCAUUACAGGUGUUAGGAGAUGAGGCUAUUAGUAUUCACGUGUUUCUUGGCAACCGGCGUGGCGUUACGCGUUCGUGGUGUGAUCGACCGGGAAUCCUUAUUGAUCGCCAAGUUCGGAUUUCAGAAGACGGUUUCUACAGAAGAUAUCGACACCCGAGGCUAUGUGUUCGGCAAUGUAAGCUCGAACUCUGACCUUGACUCGGGACUGACCAUGAGCUUGUUACCUGGGGGCUACUUCGAUGCCUUCUCAGAUCAUGUGAUUGACUCCGACGAGUCUUGUAGAGCAGCUUUUGCGGAAAUUGGAGGCGCGGCUUAUGAUUCCGCGUGUAAUCCAUCCGGGGCGGAGGAUUUCCUACGUCGCGUGCCUUGUGAUGUGGGUACUUUGUGCAAGGAUGAGGAUCAGCCGAAACUGGUGGUGAAAUAUAACCAGUUCACGUAUAUUGUCGAAGACUUCCAACAUCCUCGGUUCUGGUUUCUUUCGAUUAGUCCGUGUCGUCGGCAGCCGUCUCUGAACUGCACGUGGAAAUACACAGCAGUACCGAACGGAGUGGAAAUCAAGUACGACAUUUGGCUCGUGAACGGGAAUCCCUACAAAACCGAACGCAAUCCUCUUGAGUACCAAUUCUCGUUUGAGAAACAAGACACCGCCGAGCUUUAUUUGGUGUUCUUGCUAACCUAUGCGGUGCUUUGUGUCGUGUCGUGGUGCAAUUGGCGCCUCGUCAAGUAUCGUCUGGGACACCCCGUUUUCGUCUUGCUAGCCAGUAUCGUGUGCAUGUUCCUGGGUCUCGGCCUGACCUCGUUGCACGUGUGUUUGUUUGCCGUGGACGGCGUUGGACUGCCGGCAUUGGGCUGUGUUGCUAGAUUCCUGCGAACAUUUUCUCAA